AUGGUGGUCAUCCUGGCCAAGUUCGACAAACAACCACAGCCAAUCUGGGCGCACAUGUCCCUCAACCCGCUGGUUUCCUGGCUGAGUACAGUUUCCAAAGGAUGCAUUCUUUAUGGCAUUAACGAAGCACUCGGACAGCUGAAGUGGGUGUGGUUUAUGCAAAAGACUCGUCCAAUGCCGAAUCUGCGGACGUUUGAUUCGGCCAGUCGAGGGUUCUACGGGAGUGCAGAGUUGAUUUGGACGUUGAGAUGCCAGCAUUUUGCUGUCUGGGGCAGUCUGGCAGUCAUCAUGUCAUUGGCCUUUGACCCCUUUGCGCAGAAUCUCGUCCAUUAUUAUCCGAAUAGCGUGGAGGAUACAUCGCAAAGUGCACUCAUCUCCAACACGACCUUCUAUGGAACAGUUGGACCCAUGAUUAGGGGUGGGGCUGCGGGAUUCUGGGUAGACCCGGUGCUCAAGGCGAAUGUGUACAACUCGCUGUUCAACAACGAUGACUCCAAACCGUGGUCUAUCCCGAAGUAUACCUGCCCGUCUAGUAACUGCACCUGGGAUGUCAUUUCUGCAAUAGAGGCACGCACUCUCUGUACAAAUGUGACUGAACAUCUAAACAUAUCCUGUGCUUCAAGGGUUACGCAGAACGUGACGUUUACUCAUCUGCCCAACUGCACCGUUUCUCUCCCUCAUAGCAAUACUCUGGCCUGGUAUAUUGACCCCGUUAUGAUAUAUGUGCCAAUCGUCAUCAACGCCAUUACGAACCAGUCAGAAACCUUGGUGUAUAAAAACUCCACCUUUCCCAUAAUGCAAAUGAUCGCCCCAGACCGACUUGAUGUAGUCCAUGGAAGGGCAAACACCAGCAGAUGGCAGGCGAUGGAAUGUUCGAUUGAGCCCGUCGUGCACAGCUUCCGCCCAACCGUCCACGAAAACGUCUACCGCGAAGAGAUGCUAGGCAUCUGGAACGAAGGUUUCUUGUCUAUUGACAGAAACAUGACCAACGUGACACCUGGACUCUACUUCCAGCCUCCCUGGGGCCCGGAAUACGGGAUGCCGGCGAAUGGAACGUUUGGGGUUAGUGCUCCAGUUUGGGCCGCGAUGACGACGCUAUACAAGAAUAUGUUUUCCGGCUAUUACUCUGAGCAAGUCAGGUCUAGUGUGCUCUAUGAAGCCCGAUAUCCUGAUAUGUACGCGGGCAGCGAUGUCAUACAGGCCUUUACACACGGUAACAUCACGGGUUGUAAUAUGAAUACCGUGGAGAAACUGAGCUGUGCAAUGCACAAUGUCGCACAAGCUAUAUCCAAAUCGUUCAGGGAUGCAUCAUACGUGGAGAUGGGCUCGGAUCUGAGCAGAGCCCAAAUGGCGAGCGGGCGUGUCAUGGCGAGCAUGACUUAUGUCGAGAUACGAUGGUGGUGGAUUACCUUGCCGGCGUUGGUGUGGGUGCUUGGAGCUGCGACGUUGGUUGGGACGAUGUGGAAGAGUCGACGAGGAGUUCCUAGAUGGAAGAAUGAUCCGGUUCCAUUGUUGUUUCUUCAUCAGGAUGGUAAUACUGGGGUCUCAGAAAGGGAGCCAGAGGAGAAGGCUGAUGGUCUGGAGGUGAGGUUGUAUCACAGCAAUGACAAAAUGGUCUUGGGUGGACUGUCAUAG